CACCACCACCACCACCACCACCACUUCUCCUCUUUUACCACCAUGUCGAGCGAGGAAUCCCUCACCACCUCCCAUGAGGAAAACGAGGAAGAGAGGAAGGAACAAGGUCCCAAGCAAGCGAACCAGAAUUAUGAUCCUCGGAGUGGGAGAUGGCUCCCUGGCUUGGCCUUGGACCCCCGUGCCAAAUGGGUCCGGGAGUGGAACCGAGCCUACCUCCUCGCCUGCGCCGCCGGGCUCAUCAUCGACCCGCUCUUCUUCUACGCCCUGUCCGUGAGCGGCCCGCUGAUGUGCGUGUUCAUCGACGGCUGGUUCGCCAUCACCGUCACCGUUCUCCGGUGCAUGGUCGACGCCAUGCACGUGUGGAACAUCUGGUUGCAGCUCAAGAUGACCUCCGCCGCCGUGAGGCGUUCCGAUGGGGAAGAGGACGGCGGCGCCCGGAAGGGACAGCAAGGUGCCGCGGUGCUCGCUUACUUCAAACCUAAGAAGGGCUUCUUCUUGGAUCUCUUUGUCAUCCUCCCCGUGAUGCAGGUUGUCAUGUGGGUGGCUGCUCCAGCCCUAAUAGCCAAAGGAUCGAUUACAACAGUGAUGACCGUCUUGUUGGUCACAUUUCUCUUUGAGUACUUACCGAAGAUCUACCAUUCUGUCUGUUCCCUGCGCCGCAUGCAGAACUUCUCUGGAUACAUAUUUGGGACUAUCUGGUGGGGGAUAGCUCUAAAUCUGAUGGCCUACUUCGUUGCAUCACAUGCUGUGGGUGCCUGUUGGUACUUGUUGGGGAUCCAAAGGGCAGCAAAAUGCCUCAACAGGCAGUGCAAGCUAACAACAGAAUGUGGCCCAAAGACGGUAGCUUGUGUAAAUCCGAUAUACUAUGGCACAACAACAUCCAUCAGAGAUGGGGAUAGGUUGGCUUGGGCUAAGAACUUGCACGCAAGGCAAAUGUGUCUCGAUAGCAGUGAUAACUUCGAAUAUGGAGCCUAUAAGUGGACAGUACCUCUUGUUACCAACACAAGCAGGCUAGAGAAGAUACUCCUUCCAAUAUUUUGGGGUCUUAUGACUCUAAGCACCUUUGGAAACUUGGAGAGCACGACGGAAUGGCUUGAAAUUGUUUUCAACAUCAUUAUUAUAACGAGUGGUCUCAUAUUGGUUACAAUGCUUAUCGGAAACAUCAAGGUGUUCUUGCAUGCGACUACAUCAAAGAAGCAGGCAAUGCACCUAAGGAUGCGAAGCGUGGAGUGGUGGAUGAAGAGAAAGCGCCUGCCCCAGGGAUUCAGGCAAAGGGUCCGGCAGUAUGAGAGACAACGGUGGGCGGCAAUGAGAGGCGUGGACGAAUGUGAGAUGAUCCGAAACCUCCCAGAGGGUCUAAGAAGAGACAUCAAGUACCACCUCUGCCUUGACCUCGUCCGCCAGGUCCCCUUAUUCCAACACAUGGAUGAAUUAGCCUUGGAGAACAUAUGUGACAGGGUGAAGUCCCUCAUCUUUCCCAAAGGAGAAACUAUAACCAGAGAAGGUGACCCGGUGCAAAGGAUGCUAUUCAUAGUAAGAGGCCAUCUACAGAGCAGCCAAGUCCUCCGGAACGGCGUCCAGAGCUGCUGCAUGCUUGGCCCUGGAAACUUCACUGGCGACGAGCUCUUGUCAUGGUGCCUUCGACGACCAUUCAUAGAACGAUUGCCUCUUUCUUCGUCAACAUUGGUAACAGUCGAGACAACAGAAGCAUUUGGGCUUGAAGCUAGCGAUGUGAAGUACGUGACACAGCAUUUUCGGUACACAUUUGUGAGCGAGAAGUUGAGAAGGAGCGCACGAUACUACUCACCUGGGUGGAGGACAUGGGCGGCUGUGGCAAUCCAGCUUGCAUGGAGGAGGUAUAAGCACCGGAAGACGCUUACUUCUCUAUCGUUCAUUCGACCCAGAAGGCCCCUUUCACGGUGUAACUCGUUAGGGGAGGAAAAGCUUCGGCUCUACACUGCUCUCUUGACCUCACCAAAGCCCAACCAAGACGAUUUCUUGCUUUGAGAUGGUUCAGUUUUUAGUUAAUUUUGUAGAGAAAAGGAGAAGAUACUUGGAGUUGCAGGGUUCUUGAUUUGUUUCAGACAAGGUCCUUGUGUAGAACUUUGUCUGUUGAUGGAUCGAAUGAUUGCCUUCCUAUAACUACAAUAACAAUAAGAUCUUGGACUCCGCCAUUGCUUUGAAGUACUA